CGCAAUACGGAUUCCUACCCCAACAUUGCUUUCACAUAAGUAUAAGUCUCCUCAUCUCCUCAUCCCUCACCACCCCCCUUACCCCACCAACACUUCUCAGUUUCACAUCCACAAAGUCCAUCUCAAAUUCCACCUUGAGGUCAAAUACCAGUCCAUCACAAUGCCGUCUGCUGAUCCUAUUCCCGAGUCGGUGACAUCAACCACUGUCGGCACCCACGAGAAAGCUCAGCGACAAUCUACCGAACCACUUGUCUAUUCUGGAUCUCUCGACUCUUUCAAACACAAUGACUUCACACCAAGUAUCGGACGAGAGAUUCCUGGGCUACAGAUUGAGAAGAUCCUUGCUUCGCCUGAUGCGGAUUCCUUGAUCAGAGAUUUGGCGAUCACUGUUUCCGAAAGAGGUGUCGUAUUUCUCAGAAAUCAAGAUGUAUCAGUUCACUCUCUCAUCGCUCUUGGAAAACGCCUCUCCACUCUCACUGGAAGUCCAUCUUCUUCAGGUCUUCACAUCCACCCAAUCACAGAAGCAGGCAGUGAACUUGGCGAUCAAAUUUCCGUAAUCAGCAGUGUAAAGCAAAAGAAAGGCGCCGCACCGGUCGUCGACCUCUUGACCGAACCAAGUAAAUUCUCCAGCAAUGGAUGGCAUGCAGAUAUCACCUUUGAGCCCGUGCCGUCUGAUUAUGCGAUUUUGAAGAUCCAUACCCUUCCGGAUAGUGGCGGUGAUACGCUCUGGGCGUCUGGUUACGAGAUCUACAAUCGUCUCUCUCCGGCAACAGCCAAAUACCUUGAAGGUUUAACAGCAAUCCAUGACGGCAAUUUUUUCAACGGGAUUGCAGACAGACUCGGUCAUCCUUUGAGAACCGAACCUCGAGGAUCGGAGCUGAACCAAGGAAGCAAUUUGCAGGCUGUGCAUCCUGUCAUUAGGACGAAUCCUGUCACGGGUUGGAAAAGUGUCUUCGUAAACAAAGGAUUCACAAGACGAAUCGUAGAACUCACCAAAGACGAAUCAGAUCUCAUCCUAGACUAUCUAUUUAAACUCGUCGCCCUAAACCACGACAACCAAGUCCGCUUCAAAUGGUCCAAAAACGACGUCGCAAUCUGGGAUAAUAGAUCAAACUGGCAUACCGCAACAUAUGACCAUAAUGAGGUAAGGAUCGGUGAUCGGGUUGUUUCGUUAGGAGAGAAGCCGUAUUUUGAUGCUAGAAGUGUGGGGAGAAGGGAAGGGUUGGAGAGGAGGGAGAGGGAGAAAGAAAAGAUAGAGGUAGAUGAGAAGAAGAAUGGAGAAGAGAAGGUGGUGGCAAGAGGGGAAGGCGAAGAUCUGGUGAUUAGAGAGAAGGAGGGCGCUGCUGAAGCGGAACUCAAGUAACAUAGGGGCUGGUUAGCAGUGAGUAAGCGAGCUGGGAAUG